GUGCCCUGGAGAGGUGCUCCUUUGGGGAGGAGGAAAAAAAGGUGUGUCAGCACAGUCACUUUUAGAGCUGACACAAACCUGAUUGGGAAACGGGGGAGUGUGUGUAUGCCUGUGUGUGCAUGUGUGUAUGGGGUGGGGUGAGGUAAGAGCCUAUAAAUCUACUGCCACAAGAGCUGAGUCCUUGAGCUGAAGGGAAAAUCCUUGCCUGCAGCCUCCUGUUCACAAGCAGGGACCAAGUAAAAGAAUGCAGAACCACAGAUUUCUAGAUACUGGACCUCAGCUUUCAGUUUCCUGCCUCCAGAAAUUAUUUGGAUUUUUCUUCUUUUUCUAUGCAUUGGCAGUGAAUAUUUCUGCUUCUAGCAUUCAGCCUGAGAAAAGCACAGAAAACUGCCAGUAUCUCGGCAUGUAUUUUAAAAAAUUCAGGCUAGAAGGAGAACCUGUUGUCCUGAACAGCCCUUUCCCGAAGCUCGGCAACAGGGUCCUCUUCACUCUCCACUCCGACCUGUCAUGGCAUAAAAAUGAUUCCGAGAAGACUGUUCUAGGAACCCACAAAUCAGGCAGAACAUGGAUGAAAGAUAAUGCUCUUUGGAUUUUGCCAGCGACACCAGAGGACACGGGAACUUACAUUUGCACCUUUAGGAAUGAAUCUUAUUGCGCCACAAUGUCUGUUGAGUUAAAGGUCUUUAAGAAGUCAGAAGCAUCUUUGCAAAACCUUUCCUAUCAACAAGUUCUAAUCACUUCAAGUGCUGGAUAUCUAGUGUGCCCUGACAUAGAUGAUUUUAUCCAAGACAAAAAUAACAUGGAAAUAAAAUGGUAUAAGGAUGCAGUUCUUUUGGACCAAAGCAACAAGAUGUUUUCAAUUUUGAAAGGAUCCGUUUCUUGCCAUAUAAACAAUGUGUCAUUGGACAGCUCUGGUUACUACACCUGUGAACUGCCUUUUGUCUAUGAAGGUGUGACGUAUAACAUCACCAGGCACAUUAAUCCACGCAUCAUUAGUAAGUAUGGACAGUAUUUGAUCUUUAG